UACUUCCGCGCCUUCGGCGAUGGCUGGGUUCUCUGCAGCGACCAGAGUGCUGGCAUGGCCCUGGGUGCGGCCUUGGCGCUCGAAGGGAGCUCGCAGCCCUCGGCCCUCGCAGCCUUGUUGCCGCCUGCCUUCUCCGAGGAGGUCUGGGGCGCCUUCGCUGCGUUUGGGCACGACGUGUUCAGGGGUAACCAUGUUACUGUUGCAGGCGCUGCAGGUCUCACUGCGCUGCGGGAGAUGUCCGCGCAGUGCGGAAGCUUGGCUCGAGGGGGGCUCCUCUUGCAGCCGCGCGGCGCGUUGAUCGACCAUGUCGCGAUUCGCUGCCUUUCCGUGGUCGGCUGGUGGCACGGCGUCUUCUUCGGUGGCGACGCCUCUUUCGUCGGCGGCAA